AUGAAUAACGCUGAAAAAGUUGAAUUGGUUUUAAUUUAUGGCGAAUGUCAACAUAAUGUAUGCCUAGCUGCUAUGACAUAUGCCGAACGAUACCCAGAAAGAUACCAUCCACCUUAUAAUUAUGUGUUACGACUUUUACAAGGGUUAAAUGAGGAAGGAAGAUUUCCUGGCAGACAAAUAAUUCAACAAAUGCAUAGAGCAAAUAUGUUUGAUGACGAUACAGAAUUAUAGGUACUAGCAUACAUAAGAGCUCAUGUUGCUCGCAAAAUUGGAGUUUCAUAUGGUUAUGUUCAAAAAAUUCUAAAAAACACAAAAUGCACCCAUAUAAAAUAGAUUUUGUCCAACAUUUGCGCGCAGGAGAUUCUAUUCGUAGGUUGGAGUUUAUAGCUUGGUUCAAUAUUAAAUUUUAUGAUAACCCUUUGAUUGUCAAUCAAAUUCUUUGGACUGAUGAAUCAAAAUUCACUAACAAUGGCAUUAUGAAUAAACAAAAUAAUCGAUACUGGGAUAACACAAAUCCACACUGGUCACAUGAAACUAAUUUUCAAAUCUGGGGAAUCAAUGUAUGGUGUGGGUUAGUUGGUGGAAAGCUAAUAGGACCGUUCUUUUAUGAUGGUACGCUUAAUGGCAGACGAUAUUUUAAUUUCUUAACCAAUGAACUACCAAGACUGUUGGAUGAUGUUUCAUUAGACACACAGGAACAUGUUUUCCAGCAAGAUGGAGCACCAGCCCACAAAGCAAUUAUCGUUAGAAGACAUUUAGAUCAAAUAUUUCCAAACCGCUGUAUUGGUACUUAUGGCCUGCACGAUCCCCAGAUUUGACGCCAUUGGAUUUUUUUUUAUGGGGAUAUUUGAAGACUGUGGUUUAUUCAGAUCCACCUGUCAAUCUUCAGGACUUAAAAAAUAAAAUACAGGCAGCAUGUGAUAUUUUAAGUGAGGACCAAAUCAAGGAUGCAACUUCGACUGAAUUUUUGAGACGACUUGGAUCAUGUUUAGAACAUGAUGGUGAAAACUUUGAGCAAUUCAUAAGAUACAUUUUUUUAAAAAUUUAA